AUGGGGAAAGGAUCCGCAAAGUCCUGGAACCUCCUGUCCUUCUUGUUUGCCAUUUGGGAGAUCAACCAGAAUCCCCAGAUCUUACCCAACCUCACCCUGGGCUACAACAUCUAUGACAACUAUUUCGAUGCCCGAAUGUCUUCUGAUGCCUUGGUAGACCUGCUUUCUACUGGGCGGGAGAGUGUUCCAAACUACAGCUGUGGAAAGCAGAGCCACCUGCUGGCUGUCCUUGAGGGGGCCGACUCGGAAAACUCCAUCCAGAUUUCAACCAUGACCAACAUCUACAAAAUCCCACAGGCCACUUACGCAUUUGUUUCCCAUGUUCUGAACGAUAAAACUCAGUUCCCUCUGCUCUACCGCAUGGUCCCCACAGAAGAAACCCAGUAUCCAGAGAUUAUCAAAGUGCUCCUGCAUUUCAGAUGGGUGUGGGUCGGUCUCAUUGUCCCAGACACUAACAACGGAGAGAGGUUCAUGAGGGUCAUGAUCCCUCUGCUUAUUAGGAGCGGUAUCUGUCUUCACCCUUUCCUGAGAGAUCCCCAGUUUUACAAUACUUCCAUGGCUGGUGUGUAUGUGGCUGAGAACGGAGACCUGGCAGCCAACUUUGACAUCCUGAACUGGGUGAUGUUUCCCAAUAGGUCUGUUGUUAGAGUGAAAUUUGGGAGUCUAGAGAGACAGGAAGCCACCCGCCAAACAUUCUCCAUUGACCAGGAUGCCAUCGUGUGGCCCAAAUGGCUCAACCAGAGCCUGCCCCAUUCAAGGUGCUCCGACAGCUGUGGCCCUGGGUACGUCAAGGUGGCUACAGAAGGCGAGCCAAUUUGCUGCUAUGUCUGUGCUCCCUGUGCAGAAGGGACAAUCUCCACUCAGAAAGAUGCGGAUGAUUGUACCAAGUGCCCAGAAGAUCAGCAUCCAGACAAGAACCAAGUUCAAUGUGUCCCCAAGACUAUAACUUUCCUUUCCUAUGCAGAAUAUCUGGGGAUCAUCCUGGCUUCCAUUGCCCUGUUCUUGUCUUUAACCACCAUCUCUGUGUUAGGAAUCUUCAUUAAGUUCCUAGAAACUCCCAUAGUCAAAGCCAACAACCGGGACCUCUCCUACAUCCUCCUCGUCUCCCUCCUGCUUUCCUUCUUAUCCUCCUUCCUCUUCAUCGGCCGGCCAAGGAAAGCCUCCUGCCUCCUCCGACAAACUACCUUCAGCAUCAUCUUCUCACUUGCUGUCUCUUCUGUGUUGGCCAAAACCAUCACUGUGGUGUUGGCCUUCCUGGCCACUAAGCCAGGGAACAGGGUGAGAAGUUGGCUGGGGAAGAGUUUGGCCAACUCUAUUGUCAUUUCCUGUUCCAGUGUCCAAGUUGUCAUCUGCACCAUCUGGUUGGGAACUUUCCCACCAUUCCCAGAUUCUGACAUGCACUCCCAAGCUACAGAGAUCCUACUGCAAUGCAACGAAGGGUCUGUUGCUAUGUUUUACACUAGCUUUAGCUACAUGGGCUUCCUGGCUGCCAUCUGCUUCACGGUGGCUUUCCUAGCCAGGAAGCUGCCCGGAUCCUUCAAUGAAGCCAAGCUGAUCACCUUCAGCAUGCUGGUCUUCUGCAGCGUUUGGGUGUCCUUUGUGCCCACCUACCUGAGCACCAAGGGGAAAUACAUGGUGGCCGUGCAGGUCUUCUCCAUCUUGGCCUCCAGUGCUGGGCUCCUGGGCUGCAUCUUUCUUCCCAAGUGCUACAUUAUUGUACUAAGGCCUGAUCUAAAUACAAAGGAGCAUCUCAUGAUGAAAACUAAAGAUGGCAUAUGA